AGAAAGCGGAAUAACAGCUGAUCUGCAUCCAUGCAAAAACCUUGACCUUAAUUUAGUUGAGUUCAAUUGUAAUAGUCAGCAUUUAUCAUGAAUAACAGCGUUGCUUUUCAUUCAAACAGAGCUGACAGUAAAAAGUAAGUUCAACCAUCAUAGCAAGCAGCAGACGCCAGACCAGAGUCAGAUUGAGGGUUAUGUAAAAUGUAUAGGUUAUUCCAGAAACCGCUUUCAUCUUUCAAUUUCUUCAUAAAUUAUAUUUAUCUUCUGUUAUCCGCGUGAAAUCAAAUAGUUUAAAAGUUGAGCUCUCAUUCUUUGUAUUUUUUUCUAUAAAUAUCCUUAAUUAACUUUGAAAAUAAUUACUUCGAAAAGUAUACUGUUGAAUGUGAAAUGGGUAGAGUAUUUUCAUCGAUGAAAAGAGAACUUAUAAACUAUAAUGUUGAAAAUAGAGCGCACAAAGUUAUAUCAAGAGAUAAGUUACCACCUGCCCCUCGAUAUGAAUCAGUUACUAAGGAUAUGGAAAGAAUGCAAGCACAAGGACUGACUUUGGAGGACAUGGGAAAGAAACAUGCCCAACUGAAUGAGAAUUUGAAGAACAUACAUGUGAAAUCUACUGGCCCUGCACCGGAUUCAUUAGCAGCUAUACCUCCAUCUCUGGAAAGAUUUGCAUAUGAAGAAAGCGUUUUGGAGCCGAUUUCAGUUCCUAAAGGGAAAAUUACAUUGAAAAUUUUUUUAGAAAUGUUAAGUCGAUAUCAAGAGGAUAAGAUCAAGUAUCGUCCCGAAGUAUUAGCCGCAGUUUACAAUCUAGAUUUGAAAUUUGUUGAGACGGCUGUAGAUCGAUAUCAGAUUUUCAAAUUAAAUGUGCCGAAAAACCUGGAUACCCACGUCAAAGACCUACGUCUUCGUCUAGAAUUAAAAAAGACAUUGGCAAACAUCAAGACGCUUACCAUCGGCCAAACUUCACAGCCUCAAAAAGAAGGCGUUGAUGCGAAAGAGAUUGUAACAAAAUAAUCAGAUGUGUAUAUAAAGGCUGUGCUUUAUCUGUUGUAGUAUAAGAUUAUGUAAUAAAAUUGUUUUUCAUUAGAGCAUACCAUUAUCUUAUCAAUUUGUAUUGUGCCAUUAAAAGUAAAAUGUGUUGAAAAUCCGAGGAU